UCUCUAAAUUUACAAUACCAUUCCUUUUCCAUUGGUUAACCUUCACAAGCGAGUUAAGAGCUGUGAAAUUGUAGCUAAACGUGCGAUUCGUCAUCAUAUUUAUUCAAUAAUAUUUUAUUGAUAUUUAUUUUUUCACAAUUAAAGUAUAAAAAUAAGAAAGAAAUGGAAUCGAAAAGCGCUAAAGAAAUUAGGCAAUUGUACAUGGAUUUUUUUAAAGAAAAAGAUCAUAUUUACGUUCAUUCUUCCUCAACAAUCCCACAUGAUGAUCCUACAUUGUUGUUUGCUAAUGCUGGGAUGAACCAAUUUAAGCCCAUUUUCUUAGGCAAUGUAGACCCUCAUAGUGAUAUGGCAAAGUGGGUUAGAGUUGCUAAUACUCAAAAAUGUAUUCGUGCUGGGGGAAAACAUAACGAUUUAGAUGAUGUAGGCAAAGAUGUAUACCACCACACUUUCUUUGAAAUGUUAGGGAAUUGGUCAUUUGGAGAUUACUUUAAAAAAGAAAUUUGUACGUGGGCUUGGGAGUUUUUAACUGAACGUAUGCAAUUGCCAAAAGAAAGAUUAUAUGUUACUUAUUUUGGUGGAGAUAAGGAAGCUGGUUUAGAACCUGAUUUAGAAUGCAAAGAAAUAUGGAUGAAAUUAGGAAUUAAGCCAGAACAUAUUUUGCCAGGCAGCAUGAAAGAUAACUUUUGGGAAAUGGGAGAAACUGGACCUUGUGGACCUUGUUCUGAAUUACAUUUUGAUCGAAUUGGUGGUCGCAGUGUUCCGGAGUUAGUAAAUAUGGAUGAUCCAGAUGUCCUAGAAAUUUGGAAUCUUGUGUUCAUGCAGUAUAAUCGCGAAUCUGAUGGUUCUUUAAAACCCUUACCAAAAAAACACAUUGAUUGUGGUAUGGGAUUCGAAAGAUUGGUUUCUGUUAUCCAAAAUAAAAGAUCAAAUUAUGAUACUGAUUUAUUUGUACCAUUAUUCGAAGCUAUUCAAAAGGGAACAAAUGCUCCCCCAUAUCAAGGCCGUGUUGGAGCCGAAGAUACAGAUGGUAUUGACAUGGCUUAUCGUGUUUUGGCUGAUCAUAUUAGAACUCUUACAAUAGCUUUAUCUGAUGGUGGAAUGCCUGACAAUACAGGACGCGGUUACGUACUUAGAAGAAUUUUAAGAAGAGCCAUUAGAUAUGCUACCGAAAAAUUAAACGCAAAACCUGGAUUUUUCGCUACUUUAGUAAAUUCUGUAGUCGACUUAUUAGGAAACGCGUUUCCUGAAGUCACAAAAGAUCCACAAGCAAUCAUGGACGUAAUAAAUGAAGAGGAACAACAAUUUCUAAAAACAUUAACAAGAGGUAGAAAUUUACUUUACAGGACCAUAGCAAAAUUAGGCAACCAAAAAAUUCUCCCUGGAGAUAUUGCUUGGAGAUUAUAUGACACUUAUGGCUUUCCGAUUGACCUUACAAGGCUAAUGGUGGAAGAAAAAAAUUUAGAAAUCAAUAUGGAGGAAUAUGAAAAGGCGAAACACAAUUCUUAUAUUUUAUCUCAAGGAAAAGGCGACAAUAAGGAAGAUGAGAUCAAUCUAGAUAUGUAUGCAAUAUCCGAACUACAAGAAAAAGCUAUCGCACCAACAGAUGAUAAAUUUAAAUAUCGCUAUAAAGCAAGUUCAGACGAAAAAGAUGGUUUUUAUGAUUGCGAAACUUGUGAAGGGAAGGUUGUUGCAUUAAGGUUAGGAAAUACUUUUGUUGAAGAAGUUGUUUCCGGCCAAAAAUGUGGGAUUGUAUUCGACAAAACGAAUUUCUAUGCAGAAAGUGGGGGCCAAAUAUAUGAUCAAGGCGUAAUAGUGAAAAAAGAAGACGAAGGAACUGAAUUUUUCGUUGAUCGUGUUUUUAACCGAGGUGGAUAUAUUUUGCAUAUUGGGGUUGUUGAAGGAACUUUGAGAAUAGGUGAUGAAGUAAACAUGCAAAUUGAUCAAAUACGUAGAAAUUUAACAAUGAAAAAUCACUCUGCCACCCAUGCUCUUAAUCAUUGUUUACUUCAAGUUUUGGGUAAAGACACGGAUCAAAAAGGCUCAUUAGUAGUUCCAGAAAAACUUCGUUUUGAUUUUAACAGUAAAUCUGCAUUAACAGUUGAACAAGUUUCAAAAAUUGAGAGUCUCGCAAGAGAAAUCGUCUACAAAAAUAUGCCAAUUUAUGCAAAGGAGGCCUCGCUUUCAGUAGCAAAGACUAUUAAAGGCUUGAGAUCAGUUUUUGACGAGGUAUACCCAGACCCAGUACGCGUAAUUUCAUUUGGUGUUCCCGUUGAAGAGCUUGAGAAGGAUCCUGACAGCGGCAGAGGGGAGGCAACUUCAGUUGAAUUUUGUGGUGGAACACAUUUACAUCGUUCAGGUCAUAUUGUUGAAUUCGUUAUAAGUAGUGAAGAAGCUAUAGCAAAAGGUAUUCGGAGAAUAGUGGCUUUAACUGGGCCAGAAGCACUCAAAGCCAUCAAAAAGGCAGAACAGUUUCAACAUGAAAUUAAUACUCUAAAACAAUCUAUUGAAAAUGAUAAAAUGGGGAGCUCGACAAAAGAACAUGUUAAGAAUAUAGUCGAGUUAAUAGAUAACAUAUCUCAAGCUCAAAUUUCCUAUGUUAAUAAAGAUGAAAUGAGAAAUUGUUUGAAAAAUUUAAAAAAAAGUUUGGAUGACAGAGAACGUGCAAUAAAAGCAACACAAUCACAAAAUGUAAUCGAGAGAGCUAAAGAAAUUGCUCAGGCAAACAUCAAUGCGGACUUCUUAGUAAAAGAGUUACAAGCUUUUAAUAAUACUAAAGCUCUAGAUGCUGCUUUAAAACAAGUACGAACAAUCAGUCCAGAAACGGCUGCAAUGUUUGUUUCAGUUGAUCCAGAUUCCAAAAAGAUAUUUUGCCUUUCAUCAGUGCCUAAGUCAAAAAUCGAAAAAGGUCUUAAAGCAAACGAAUGGGUGCAACACGUUUCAGUAGUAAUGAAUGGUAAGGGUGGCGGAAAACCUGAAUCAGCUCAGGCUUCGGGAUCAGAUUAUGAUAAAUCAAACGAAGUUUUAAAAUUGGCUGCCGCCUUUGCUUCUGCAAAACUAUCUUAAAUUAAAACUGCAAAAAUUUACCAAUAUUGUGCUGUAAUAUUGUAAAACUUAUUUAUUAGCAUUUAAAAGGCGUUUUUUUUAUAUGAAAGAAAAUAAAUUUCUCAAAGUUCAAAACUAUAUAAUA